UAAAUCCAUCACCAAAAUUGACUCUUUCCCACCACCAGCUUCUCUCUUUAUUUGGACAUGUUCAACUUGUCUUACAUGGCUACAUUAACCGGCGGACAACCUAAUUAUUUAUACCCUAAAACACCUACGUACAUUUUUUAAAACAAAGAACAACUAACCAAUUGUGUUCACGUUAUAAUAAAUAUAAAUUAUUUAUACUUAUGUUUUGUUUACUUUUCUUCUUGUAUAUAUUAAAUUAUCAAACUUUAAUACUUCAUUGACUUGCUCCCUUCAAAUAUUCUCGUCACACCUCCUUAUAUUUUCUCAUAUUUGUCAUUUGGAAGAUGCCUUUUUCCUCCUUUUCACCAUCUCCAAAACUUGCAUCUCCUUGUUCUUUCCUUCCAACCUUUGACUGUCUAAUGUUUCCCAUGGAUCCUUCGGAAAACCCCUCCGGUAGGUCACCUAGGAGAGAGCUCCAAGGACCCCGGCCCACCCCACUUAAAGUGCGUAAAGAUUCUCACAAGAUCAGAAAACCGCCCGUGGCACCAUCACAACAUCACCACCAACCAACACAAGCUCCGCCACGGCCACCGGUUAUUAUAUAUACCGUGUCACCCAAGGUAAUCCAUGCAAACCCUAGCGAGUUCAUGACGUUAGUACAAAGACUAACCGGGCCGGAUCAUCAUCAUUCGUCCACAUGCUCCACAUCAGCAACUGCCACGUCAUCAUCUUUCUUCCCUUUCCAAGAAAAUAUGAACGCGGGCGCGGUGUCGCCCGCGGCUAGGUUUGCGUCCAUAGAGAGAACAAGAACCCCAGAAGGGAAAAAAUUACAAAAAAAUUGUGACAUGGGAAAUGAUCAUAAUAUGGUACAUGAAGGUAUAGAGAUAGGAACUGAAAUCCAAAGAAGUGGAUUAUUUCCUGGAAUUUUAUCACCAAAUCCAUCUUCUCUUCCACCUAUACCACCAAAUUUCUUUUCACCACCAUCGAAUGAUCCAAAUCCACUAGGGUUUUUCUAUGACUUAAGCCCCGUGUUACAUAGUAACAGGAAUUAUUUUGAACCACCUAGUUUUUUGCCUAGCCCUAAUUCAAAUAAUAAUAAUUUCAUUUCUCCAAGAUUAUUUUUAUCUCCAGGUACUCCAUCUUUAGACCUUUUUAAUAAUCUAUUUGACGUUUAAUUAGUUACCCCUGUAAAGAGGAAAUGAAAUUUGAGCUUCAAAAUUCUUCAAUGGCGAGGAUGGAACUCAAGGGGCAGAAAUGGAAUUUCAGAUGAUUUUGUAAUGGUGGUCAAACAGCAGCUAGGACUGAAAAUAAAAAGUCAAACAACAGCUAGGCUGUCUCACAAGUGGAGGUUCUUUGUUUUUUACAGUUCUAUCCCUCUGUAUUUGAAAAUUGCUAGCCAUUUUAUCAGCAUUUUUUUGGCUCAAAGAUAUAUAUAUAUAGGUUUUGAUUUUGUA